AUGACAAAGCUAUACGAUAUCCAGUCGUCUCUACUAUUAAAUGUAGAUGGUUCAUGUGAAUAUAAUACACCAAACAUCAAAGUUCUUGCAGCAGUAACAGGUCCAAUUGAACCCAAAGCAAGACAAGAAAUUCCUCAACAAUUAGCCCUAGAAAUUGUAGUUAAACCAUGUGUAGGUAUAGGCCCUACUCCAAGAGAGGUUUUAAUUCAAGAUAAAAUACAUGCUGUAUUACAACACGUUUUGUGUAAAUAUUUAUACCCAAGAAAAUUAUUACAAUUAACUUUCCAAAUAAUACAAAAUUCAUAUUUUACUCCUUCUGAUAACAACAUUACUCAUACUAUCAACAGCAACAAAAACAUUGGUAUCGAUCCUUCCACUUUUUGUGAGCUAAGCACAUGUUUAAAUUCUGCUUUUAUAGCACUAUUAGACUCAGGCAUUGGAUUACAAACUUCAUAUGCAAGCUGUUGUAUUGGUAUAGUUACUGAUUCAGCUGCUAAAGACAAACUGAUUGAUUUGACCACCCAAUUCCCCGAAUCGACUUUAAAAAGCUGUCACGUAAUUGUAUUAGAAAUUAAUGACGCCAAACAAAUUUCUAAUGUCCUAAUGAUCGACAGUGCAGGCAGUUUCACAGAAAAAGAUUUAUUAAAUGUUCUAACGUAUGCAGAAAAUCGUGCCAUAGAAAAAAUGGCUAUUUUUAGGAGUGUUAUAAGUUCAAAGUUGCAAAGGGAUUUUAUAUGGAGAGAAUAA